UAAUUUUAUCUGUAAAUAAGCUUUGUUUACGUGAGGCGGGAAUCUCUUUAAAUCAACAACGGAAGUUUAAGUGUUAGGUUUAUCUUCUUCUGUGUUAAUUUUUUAUUAUUUAUUAGUUUAAAACUUACCUAAUCAAUUUUAUUCGGAAAUUAUGGCUAAUCUUGAUGAAGAAUGGGUUGCUUGUGAUCCUGUUAUACCGUUAGAAAGGAUUAAACCACCUUCACCGUGUGUGACCCCUGAAGCUAAUAAAUCUGAGGAUCAAGAUUCUCCUGAUUCUGGUGAUGGAGAAAACCGGUCUGGUCGUAGAUCUGCAAGGAAAGCGACUGAUGAAGAAAGGCGUAAAAGAGAAGAGGAGCGCAAGAAGCGACUAGAAGCCAAAGAAGAGGAGAAACGUAAAAAAGAGGAAGAAAGAAAACGCAGAGAAGAAGAACGAAAGAAACGCGAAGAAGAGAAGAAAAAGCUAGAAGAAAAAAAGGAAGAAGAGAAAAGACGUCGCGAAGAGGAACGCAAAAAACGCGAGGAAGAAAAGAAAAAGAAAGAAGAGGAGAAAGAAGAAGAAAAGAGACGUAGAGAAGAAGAGCGCAAAAAACGCGAAGAGGAAAAAGAAGAAGAACGAAAACGAAAGGAGGAGGAUAAGCGCAAAAAGGAAGAAGAGCGUAAAAAGAAAGAGGAGGAAAAAGAGGAAGAAAAACGCAAAAGAGAAGAAGAAAGGAAAAAGAAAGAAGAAGAACGUCUGAAAGCGUUGGAAGAAAAAAGAAAACAAACUGAAGCCGAAGAACGAAAAAAGGCUCGUGUUUCUGAAUCUUUUCUCAAUUUCUUCAAACGAGUGUCAACUGGAUCAGAAAAUACACCAAAAAAAUUUUCUGAGCAAGAAUCACUCAAUAAUUCGAUAUUCAAGCCAUUCCAGUUACAGCCUAAUCAAGCGCUCGCUGAUUAUGUUCCCAGUGUUGCAAAAGAACGUUUUGAUCCUGAAUAUUUCGAGGAUUCAAUUGCUGCUCAAGAUUAUAAUUGUGAAGAACUUUACAUUAAUCAACUUAAAACGGGUCAAGUUCAACCUCACAGAUUCCUCGCAGAAGCAAAAAAAGAAGAGAAAAUGUCAUCUGCUUGUAUUAUCGACGAACCUUCUCCAAAAGCUACUUAUAAAGCCAAAUACUUCGAUCUAUCUGAUAUAAGGCCACCAUAUUAUGGAACAUGGCGGAAGCGGAGUAAGGUUAUUUGUGGACGUAAACCUUGGGCUAGGGAUACGCAAUUUCUCGAUUAUGAUGUAGAUAGUGAAGAAGAAUGGGACGGAGAAGAAGAAGGAGAAUCAAUUGUUUCCUCCGGUUCAGAUACUUCGAGAAAUGGUGCCGAUGAUUUUGAAAUGGAUGAUUUCCUUGUGCCUCACGGUCAUUUAUCCGGUGAUGAAGAAGUAUUGGAAGAAGAAGAUGAAGACGAAGAAGAAGUUCCUAAGAAACACGUAACCUUAAUUAAAGAAGAAGAUCUUCUCAAAGCUCGUAGCAAAAAAGUUUCCAAGUUAAACCCUAUUACUGUCGGACCAUUUUGGAUGACAAAAGAAAACAUGAAUUCUGACACUGCCAAACUUUUAGAACCAUAUAAACGUAUUUUCAAUUUUUGGCCAGGAUUACUCUCGCUAAUUUGGAAACAGCUGACCAAAAAAAGUGAACGAUACGAAGAGAAAAUAGUAGGUAAAGAUGUUUAUGGAAACCUCUUCUAUGAAAGCAAUAAGCGCAAUUUCAGAGGACAACCAUCAAGGUUUCAUAUGCCUUAUGGCGCUCAAGACUUUCUUAAUAAAAUAUCACCAGAAUGGGAUGCAUGGUUAAGAUAUAGACGGAUGGAUCCACCAAGCGAAGAUGAAGUCAUGAAAAACGUGAAAUUGAGUCAACUCAAAAAGAAGAAUGCCGCUGAAAAGAACCAACAAUUAAUUGAUAAACAUGCUGAAAUCUUAAUGAGAAGAAGAGAGGAAGAGGCUAGAAAUAAAUUCAAUGAAUUUAACUCUAGUUAUCCAAAAUAUUCAAGUGUGGAGACAAAUCCAGGUCAAAGUGAUAAGUCAUCCAAAGGCGAUAAUAAAUAAUUGUUAAAUAAUUUCUUUACUUUCUAGAAACUCAUCAACUAAAUGCCCAAGUUUCCCAUUACUUAUACAUAUUGUUGACUUUUCAUUACAUACGAAUUGUGUUUGUUUCAA